GCAGUAUUGUUAUCCUCACAAUCUCACAUAGCUAAAAACUCUCUUCAACAAUGUUCUUGCCCUCUUCGCGUACCGAAACCCUUUUCGACAUUCUCCUUGCCCUCGUCACGCACCCAAACCCUCAUUAUCCUUACCCUCAUCAUGCACCCAAACCUGAUUCGUCCUCCGUCGUGCCAGAUGUCUUGGCGAUGGCCGAGAAAACCACCAGCGAGAUUCUUCGUUGCAUACAGCCAACGCUCGUUGUCGACCGCAAGUGGAUGGAGGGACAAGGAGAAUCCGAUGCCGAAGUCGAGGUGUAGGGUUAUGUGGAUCACGCGCUUGUGCGCAAGAUGCAUUCUCUUCUCCUUUGGGAACGGGGCUUGUAAUUUUUCUCGUUAUUUCAAUUUAUGGAUAAAACGGAAAGGAAGACCUGCACCAAGGGAAGUUGCUCCAAUAAUUGUAUCCAACCAUGUAUCUUAUAUCGAACCUAUCUUCUAUUUCUUUGAAUUAUUUGCCACCAUUGUGGCAUCUGAGUCUCAUGACUCCAUACCUUAUGUUGGCACCAUUAUUAGAGCGAUGCAGGUCAUAUAUGUUAACAGGUUCGUACCAUCAUCAAGGAGGCAGGUCAUCAGAGAAAUAAAGGUAUUGAUAUGGGUCAGUUCCAUUUAAAACAUAUCUUCCAAAUAGAGAUAUUGAUUUGACCACACUCAGUUGUCAAAACAAUGAGGAUGGCUUGGUAUCUGAUGUUCGUGUUGUCCUUCAUGGAGAGGAAGUCAAUGAAGCUACUGAAUAUUGUUUCUUAGAGACAAUGAGACCAAGACGCAGGACUUCUAGUUUGAUGUGGAAUGUAUUGUAAAACUAAAUCUAAAGCACGCUUAAUCCUUUGGACCUUAUGAUUAUGAACAUGGUAGUCAAUAAUAUGCAGAGGCAACCUUUCUAAAACGGGACAGGCAACAUGGCUCAAUACAUUCCGAGAUGCACAGACUAAAACUCCUUCGUACACUGUAUGCAACUGUGGUAGAUCAAACAAAUACAAUGUGGUCAACUUGGGGAGUUUUGCAGAAAUCAGCAGAAAGAGUUCUGAGUUCGAUAGGAAAUCACAAGACCUGGAGGCUCAAGAAUCUGCACUUCGAAGGGAUCGUUUAUCCUUGAUUGCUGAACAAGAAGCACGUGAGAGUACAUUGUCUAAACAGAGAGAGGACUUGCGGGAGUGGGAGAAGAAACUACAGGAGGGAGAAGAGUGGCUGGCCAAGGGUCA